AUGCAAGACACUAAUACACCUUUGGAAACACAACAAGAACUGAAAGAAAUCUCAACUCCCAAGGGCAAGGAAGUAACAACCGACAAGAGAAAACCCAAUAGAAUCAACAAUUCCAAUACAGAGAUAGAUCUCAACGUCAGUACUUCUCUCCAGGAAGAACAAAGCUGGCAGACAUAUGGUAAACAUAGGAACGACACAAUAAGAUAA